UAUCUCAACAUUUUGACUUCCUGGCAACCUGGCGUAGAGCGCUGCGCGCGUUGUAAAGUACAACUGCACCGUUUUUAUCGUUGAGGUGCACGUUGGUCGGACAGUUGUUUCGGUUGAAAUCGAUACGAACAAACCCGUAUCACCUUGAUUGCAGUCUUCGGGGUGUAAGGAGGAUGCAGGGCGGCAACAGAGAACCAGCCGCAGGGCCAGAGACUUCCCAGUCCGAGGGCGGCCCCAGCCCCAGUGAAGAUGACAUGGCAGAGGGGGACCUGGGGGACGGGAUGGGCAACAGACCAGACUCCACUAUCAGAAAGAAGCUCCAGAGCCGGAGAGGUAGCAGGGGGCAUGCUGAGGAGCUGCUGCCCAGGAUGGGGCUCCUGAAAAGGGGCAGCGAGGGAGGGGAGGCAGCCUUCAUCUGGACGUCCUGCAGUGGGCUGUACACAGUGUUCAGACAGGAGCUGGAGGUGGAGCAGGCGUCACCACAAUGGAGGGUUAGGGGGACAGAAUCCCUGAGCGAUCUGUCCACUGAGGAGCUGCGAGAGAGGCUACAGGAAGUGACCGAGGAGGCAGAGCUACUGCGCUGUGAGUUGGAGGUCACCAGUCGUCACCUGGAGGGAAAACACGAAGCACUGAAGAUCCUACAGAGUCAGAGUAUUCUAGACAGGGCGACCUCUCACACUAAGAUUCUACUCCAGAAGAGUGAGGAGAGGACCAAGGCUCUGGAAAAGGAAGUGAAUGGCCUGCAGUGGGAGAUCACGUAUAACCAGAUGCACUUCAAGAACUUUGAGCAGUCCUGGGAGCAGAAAUAUGUCAGAGUUUGCAGUGAGAAUAAGGCCCUGAGUGACAGCCUGGGAGACAGGAGGAGAGAGGUACAGGAGCUGAGGACAGAGAACACAGCUGUGAGUCAGCAGUGUUUGGAACUCCUAGCCAUGCUGAAUGUCCGGGAACAGAGAGCCUUCCAGGGGACCAAGCCUUCAUGCACCCAGGGGAGAGAGGAGGACCAGGGGACCAAGCCUUCAUGCACCCAGGGGAGAGAGGAGGACCAGGGGACUGUUCUGGAGUUGAAACCAGAGUUUAUCCGUGAAGAGCACACUUCUCCAGCGUGCCAGUGGCCAUCGAAGGUGAGCAUUUACCCACUGAAGUCAGUUACAACGCCGAACUUCAGACCAUUCAAGACCCUGGUGAGGACGACGAGCACGCAGAUGAGCUUCCCUGAGAUGGUUCCUGACAGUUUGUACAGAAAUGAUUUGGUUGUGCAAACACACAGUUUCAUCAGCUGUCCGGGUGGCUGGUCUCAGACGAACCUGCAGGUGAAGAAGUCGGAUGAGGAUGGUCCUGGGCUGACGUGGUCUGUGGUCGGUGCUUUUGGCUGUCUGGAGGGCCAUGGCAGGAGGAUGGAGGAGACGUUGCUCAUGGCGGACGCAUUUCGGAUCGCCUUCGAACAGCAGCUCAGGAGGCGCAGCGAUCACUUCCUGAUUCUGGCCGAGACAGACAGGAACAAGUCCCGCCCACUAAGGCCAGAAGGCAAGGAUAAGACAGCAUCUCUCAGUGUGGCUCAGAGACUAAGAGGACUGCUGCCGUCCAGCACAGAGAUCACAGACGACCCCACAGAGACUCUGCACAAACUCCUCGACCUGCUGAGUGAUAAGGAAGAAGCUCUUGCUCACCAGAGGAAGGUUAGCUUCAUGCUAGCCCGCAACACAGAGGAACUAGAGAGACGGUUGAAGACAGACAAUAUGCUGCAGACAACGGUCACAUCACCACCACACUGUUCUUCAGAGACAGACACAUGCAAGUCCAACCAUGCAGGCACAAGCGUCUGCAGUUCCAACCAUGUCCAGGAGAGGGCAGGAGCGGACCAGUGUCAUGGUGGGGCGUUAUCAUCAGAAUCAGACACCACAGACCUCCAGCCCUCCGAGAUCCAAGAGGCUGAGACGGAAGCCUCCGACCUCCAGAUACAGGGCCUUUCUCUGGGGCAGUCACCCAUGGAGAGAGGGGGAAGAGAGGACCAUCUGGUCACCCUACUAUGAGUUGUUUGUCAUCACAGAGUGAUCCUACCUGGCCUUCUUACUGCGGUGCCGUGCUUGAAGUGGAAUGAAACGUGUGCCAGCACUCAUUUUGGGUGCCGAUACUCAUGAUAUUUAAGUGAAAGGUAUUCAUUAUAUAUUAGAGGUAAUGUUCUGUAAGAGGUGCCGGUACUCUAGGACAAAAUUAGAGGUGCCUGCACGCCGUACCGAUGUGUACCAGCCCAAUUCAAGCACUGCCGCUGUGCAUCUGACUGAUCUUGGAACAAAUCUGGUCCUGUAUAAGUCUGGUUUUACGUUAAUAUAUCGGCCUCUGUGUAGCCAUGGUGAUUGCAUUUUAUAUGAAUAAUUCUUAGCGCAUUACAAUUGAUAGAAAGUGACUGAAUGCUUUACAUUUUGCUAAACCUCUUGUUCUGAAUAUUUCCUGAGCUCUGAUAAGAUGUUUUAAUGUAUCCACUUAUAAAAUGUUAUGGAGUUAU